AUGCAAGGCGAUGAUAGCCGCGGCAUCUACAGCAUCCGCAGUGCUGACAGCGGUGCGAACCUGCGGGACAGAGGGCUGCCCCCUAAAGCUGCAGCGCCAGCUGGUCGUGUGCUGCGCAAGUCACUCUCAGAGCGAAGCAUUUCAACCACCAGCGACUCUGCUUUUGAAACAGACCUCGAUGCUGCUGCUGCCACCGCCGCCAGUGUUCCUGGGAUGGAAACACUGAGACAGGAAAGCCUACCCCUGGACCCCAGGCGUGGAAGGGGUUUGACAGAGCCAGGAAUAGGAGGGGGGAAGGGUGACGGGCGGGCGGAUUGGGAUGAGGACGGGGGGAGGAGAAGAGGGGGAAUAGGGGCGUCUGGGGGGGGGCUUCCGCCUGUUGGGGGGGGAGCUUCCCCUGGUCUUCCCCCUGGCCUUCCCCCCCUUGCUGGGGGCGCUUCUCCUGGUCUUCCGCCCGUUUUUCCUGGUAGGAGCUCUUCUGUGGCUAGCGAGGAGUCUUAUGACGGGGAUGAGAGAGUGAGGGGGAACAGGAGGCGGUCGUUUACAGAGGAGGAGAGGGAGAGGGGUGGAGGUGGAAGGGGAGGGGAGAGAGGAGAGAGGGCGGAGAGGGGGGGAAGGCUGCCUAGGCAAGCGAGUGAGGGAGGUGCUAUGCUGAGAAGGUAUGAAGAGGAGGAGGCGGAAGAGAGGAGACAUAGGAUGAGCCGGCAAAGCAGUUUUGAGAAACGGGAGAGGGAGGAGGGGAGGGGUGAGAGGAAGGUUCGGGGAGAGAGGGAUGAUGGAAGAGUGGAGCGUAGGGGGGAAAGGGACGAAGUGAAAGGGGCUAGAAUCCCGCGUGUGCCCCGUCAAUCGAGUGUAGAUGGCAGUGGGGGCGCGGAGAGGGAGAGGGAUGAAAGGCGGGGGGAUAGAAUCCCGCGUGUCCCUCGACAAGGGAGUGUAGAUGGUGGGCGGCCGGACAGGGAUAGGGAGGAGAGGCGGGGAGGGGAUAGGAUUCCGCGGGUUCCCAGGCAGGGUAGUGUGGAUGGUGGGGGAUGGGAGAGAGAGAGGGAGGAGAGGAGAGGGGGGGCUGUGGAGAGGAAAUACGUGGGGCAGGGGCAGGGGCAGUCACACCCUUCUCACUCCCCUCUGGCGCGAUCGCAAUCGCAGUCGCUGCAGCAGUAUCACCUGCAGCAGCAGCCGCACCGGGCGCCCUUACCGAGACGUGCUUCUGUUGAGAGUGACCCUCAUUCCCCUCACCGCUCCUCUGGGAGUGUCGGGAGUCCGCAUAGCCCUGGCGCAUCUGCUUCUGCUGGUGGUGGUGGUGGUGCUGGUGGUGGUGGUGGGGGUGCUGCUGGUGCGGGCAGCGCAGGUGCAGACAAGAAAAUUUCCCGCCUCUCCUCGCUUUCCGCAGAGGACCUGAACGCGUUGGGGGCAGUGGAGGGGGACGCAGCAUGCACAGUGGAGGAAAUCCAGUCCUCCUUUUUCAAGUCCAGCAAGAAGGGCGGGCUGCUAGGGUUUGCUAAAAGGGGCCUGGCUCAGAUGAAAAGAGGGUUCUUUGGGAGUGGGGGCGGGAGCGUGCUUGGGCGGGAGUUUGGGCGGCUGGACAAGAAGUAUAUGAUGAGUGAGAAGGAGCUUGGGGCGGGGCAGUUUGGAGUGACGCGCGUAGUGCAGUGCAAGCAGACCGGGCGGCAGCUGGCCUGCAAGUCGAUCAAUAAGGGCGACCUGAAGAGCAAGGCGGAUGUGGAUGCAGUGAAGAGGGAGGUGAUGGUGCAUGAGGUGCUGGGCGGGCAUGCCAACGUGGCAAAGCUGGAAGAUGUGUUCGAGGACGAGGAGGCGGUGCAUCUGGUGAUGGAGCUGUGCCAUGGGGGUGAGCUGUUCGAUCGCAUCAAGGAGAGACGGCGCCUGGACGAGAGGGACGCUCAGGGCAUCAUGCAGCAGGUGCUGUCUGUGCUAGCACACUGCCACCAGCACGGCAUCGUGCAUCGCGACAUCAAGCCCGAAAACAUUCUCCUCAAGUCACAGCAGUCCCUCUCUGACUGCCGGGUCAUCGAUUUCGGCAUCGCUGCCAUCGUGAAACCAGGCGCCAAGCCCCUGACGGAGUUCAUGGGAUCACCAUACUACGUGGCACCAGAGGUGGUGGAGGGCAGCUACUCCUUCCCUGCUGACAUCUGGAGCGCGGGGGUCGUGCUCUAUGUCAUGCUGGCGGGAGUGCCGCCGUUUUGGGCGCGCACCGAAGCCGGAGUGAUCAAAGCUAUAAAGGAAGCCAAGGCGAGCUACAGAGGGGACGCGUGGCGCGGCGUGAGCGCGGAGGCAGUGGAUCUGUUAAAGAAGAUGCUUGUGAGGGAUACUAAAAAGAGGCUCACGGCACAAGGGGCUCUUGGAGCCUCGGGCAUCUGUCCCGCCAACCUUUUCGCUGUAGUUCCGUCCUGUCCCCUCGCUACUGUCACAAUGGUGAAGUUCCUGAAGCCGAACAAGGUGGUGGUGGUGCUGCAGGGCCGCUAUGCCGGCCGCAAGGCAGUGAUCGUUAAGAACUUCGACGACGGCGUUUCCGGCCGGCAGUACGGCCACGCGCUCGUUGCCGGGAUCUCCAAGUAUCCCCGCAAGGUCACAAAGAAGCUCACGCCCAAGACCCUCGCGAAGCGCUCGCAAGUGAAGGCGUUCAUCAAGCUUGUUAACUAUAACCACCUCAUGCCCACUAGGUACCAGCUGGACGUGGACCUCAAGAGCACGGUGACGGCUGACAAGCUUGAGAGCUCGGCCAAGCGGGUGGAGACCAAGAAGCUGUGCCAUAUCCCCUCCCCUGCUUCCCCCAACUCUGAUUUCCUCCCCGUUCUGUUUUUCCAUGUUCUCUUCCCUUCUCUUUGUCCCUGCUCAUAA